GUUCGCACGUGACAGUCGUGCCGGUCGAGUGUGACGUGACGGGCUAGUGUCACGACUCACGCGAAACCUCAACAACAUGAAAGCUUUACGGACAUUAGUGCCAUGACCUGUGAGUUUGCCGUGCUUUGUGUUAAUUACAGAUCACUAUGUGCACGCGGAAUUGAAUAAAAUGACAGCCGAGACCAUGUACCUGCAACACAAGGUGCGCUACAAAAGGACGGUGAAAUUCAAAAUCAGUACCUACCGACUAUACUCCUCCAUCGCGGUGGUCAUCCUAACUUCGUUGCCUUAUAUUUCCGCUUUGAACCUUCCGAGCGGGGACCCCGCGCCUGGACGAUCCCCGGGCCCGCCUUUCGUCGAGACGAACGUCGGAGCACCUGUCGUCGAAGAAUACGACGAAGUGACGACAGACAUCUCGACUGUCAGUGACAGUGCGAGUGAGAUGACGGGUGACGUGUGUGAGAUCGUGAAUAUGCCGAGUGACAGUCCGGAGGUUGUGACGCUGGGGGUCUCGGAGAGUGACGUGAAUGUCACGUUCAGCCAUCCAGUGUUCGACACCAGCGUUCUCGUCCGGGGAGUUGUAUACGAUGUACACCUCCAGUUCGAGGAGCCGCUGCUCCUGGACUACGUGCUCCACUCCGUCACCGGGAGCCAGAUCCGGGGGAACUUCACCCCCACGACCCCCUCCGAGAAGCCCUGCCGGGGCCAGGAGCCCCCCCUCUUCGUCCCCAAGCACGCGAGACCGACGCGCUCGAAACACCCCAAAAAAUCCCCAAAGUCAAAACGGACGAACAGUGAUGGGUACUAUUUCAGACCGCGAUAUCGAAACCAGAGGUCGAUAUUUCGAUAUCGAUACGCGCCCGCGAUGGUUGUGAGUGGCCCGCUAGAGGGCAGGACUGGUGUUGUGCUACAGUGGUCGAUGACGGACACGCUGCACGACCACGAACAAAUUAGUGUUGUUUUUAGGUUACGUUAUAGAAAAAUAUCGAGUGCCACCAUUUACCAAGUGUUCUUCACUAAGAUAUUAAGAUUAGGAUGUUUGUUACACGUUCGAGCGACACGCCUCGGUCGGAUCCACUCCGGGCACCUUCCCCGGACGCACGGUUGCCGCAUUAGCUUUCCGCAGCCGUCCUCCGAGACUGCCCUUCUGGUGGAAGUCCGGAAACUCAACGUGCCCUGCUCCAGCGGGUUCCUGAAAUUCACACCGAGCUCCCCGAACGUUUGCGGGAAACUCGAACAGGUGCCGGCGCAGAACCGCCGCCAUAUCUACCAGAAUACCGACGUUCCGGAAUUGGAACUCCACGGCCGACCCACGUUCGCCGCGACCUACCGCGUAGUAGACCACUGCCAUGACGUGCUACUCACGUCUAGGAACGGCUCGUUCAAAGUCGGACCUACCCUCAAGUUGCUAUGCUCUUACCGUAUACACCUGCCCUACGGCAACCGAGUGGCCUUGAGACUACAGAUGGGAACGGGCUCCAUAACGACCGAAAGUUCGGACUCUAACAUAAUCCAUGAGGACAUCCAGGCGUUUUGCAAGGGUAUGGAGCUGAACCUCAUGGAUGGUGAAUCGCGGUGGAGACACUGCUCACAACCCGGGGAUCCCCUGAAGAGUGUCCAGAUAAUCUCCGAAGGGAACUCCGUCAGACUGAACAUUAGUGUACUAGCCAAGAGGAACUCAUCCAUGUGGCUGAAGGUUUGGUGGAUGGAUAAGCAGGUGGAGGAUAUAGUGAAGCACUGUGACUACGGAUGGGUGGUUUCUGGCGACUUCUGCAUAGCACCUAUCAGGGAUGUAAAGAAAGCUUGGAGACAGGCGGAGAAUGAGUGCGUGAAGAUAGGUGGACACCUAGCGAGCGUCCUCAACGAACGCCAGCAACAAAUUAUAGACCAACUACUUAUACACACUCCUCGCGCCGGUGUUGACGACGUGUACUGGAUCGGCGCGACUGAUGCCGUCCACGAAGGAGAGUUCCGAUGGACGGACGGCCUGCCAUUCUCCUACGCACACUGGUUCCCCGGGUGGCGCAAGCACUCCAGCCAGCCCAACGACGAUGGAACCUCAGGCCAGGACUGCGUGGAGGCGCGUCGGGAGUUACCACCGAGACCAGCUCACCCCACCUUCAUGUGGAACGACAGGAGCUGUAGGGAGCAUAACUACUAUGUGUGCGAGCGACCGGCUGUUGCAGAUCCAUACAAGGCAUCCUCAAUAAAAUGCAACGAGACGAUCGUGCUGUCUCACUCGCACCCUCACGCGACGGUCUCCAGCCCGGGGUUUCCCCGCCCCUACCCGGACGACGCGGAGUGCGUGAGCGAGGUGAAGGCUCCGCCGGCGCACACCAUCAGGAUACACUUCGAGGAGCUGCUGACGGAGCACGAGCAGCACUGCAGCUACGACUUCCUGGAGAUCGUGGAGACCGGCGUCACCAACACCACAGACCACGCCUGGACAGAACACGCAUAUGGCACGGAGUACGAGGUAUGGGAGGAACUGGAGACGCUCAUGUCCGAGUCCGACUCAGUGAGCGCGGGGUGGUCACGAGAGACUUCGGGGGGCCGAGUGCGGCGGCUGUGCGGCGACUGGGGGGGCAGACUCAAGUUGCUGCGCUACCAGUCGCGGACUCAUGGACUCCGAUUUAGAUUCCGCUCCGACCACUCGCUGCACUUCGCUGGAUACCGCGCGAAAGUCACGCUGGCUGAUUCCCAAUCGUGUAUGGACGUGAAACAAGUGUUGUACAACGGCUACUGCUACCUCAUCUCCGGUUAUCCGAAGGCUUCAUGGUCUACCGCUAAACAGGUAUGCGAAGGCCUGAACAUGCAUCUGUCCUCCAUCCAUUCUGCUGAUGAAGAGAGGUUCGUAGUAUCCGGCAUCAGACAGAGCAGUGACUACAGCGCUGGCGCCGUGUACUGGCUCGGUGGGCAACUGGGCACCGAGGGAGAACCGGCACUGAAGUGGGUGGAUGGCUCCGCCACUGAGUACCAAGCGUGGCCCCCAUAUAAUGAUACUGAGGAGGCAGAGGACGUUUGUUUGGGUGUACAGUGGAAAUCCUCCCCCGUGCCGUCGCAGCCCGGUGGCCUGUACUGGGCGGCGCGGCGGUGCUCCGCCCCCGGCGGCUACGUCUGCCGCCGCCGCCUCAACCCCGAGCACGUGGUGAAAAACCACACCGUACAUGGCACUACUGGAGUACUCAGCAGCCCCAAUCAUCCUAGCCCGUACGACAGUGACCUGGACUACUGGGUAUACGUCCACGGUCCGCCGCACACGCGCCUCGUUUUCGUCUCCAGGGUGAUAGACCUUGAGUACCAGAACGACUGCCUCUAUGACUUUAUUGAGUUACGCGACGAGCAGAAGUCGUCUCGGUACUGCGGCACGGUGGGCGAGACGCGCUGGGUCGCCACCGACAACACCGCGGUGGUACACUUCCACUCCGACUACAACACGCAAGGCACCGGUUUCCUCCUGGACUGGAGCGCGGUGGAGAUGGUCGGGUGUCCGUCACAGACGCUCACCGCGAGGGAGGGUGUGGUGUCCAGCCCCCACUACCCCAACUUCCUGCUGCCGGGACUCGACUGUACUAUUGAUAUUUUGGCACCGACUGGCAAGCGCGUAUUCCUCAACAUCAGCUUCUACGACUUCGGGUAUGGAAAAUUCGAGAACGGUAUGCCGGUUGAUCCUACAUCAGCACCCGGAGACAGCUACCUGGAGAUCCAGGUGGACCCUCAGAAGGCUCCCAUCAGGCCUUUCCUGGAUCCCACCAUCGUCACCAACGGGCUCUUCGUCUCCACGUCAGAGAUGAUGAGACUCCGACUGAAGACCGGGGAAAAUGUCACGGGCGUUGGAUUCUUUGCUCAUUAUGAAACUGUGAAAUACGUAAACGUAUCGCACGUGGUGCCGCUCCCCACAACAGAGACGCGUUGGGCAGUGCGGGGGCGAUGGGCGGCGCGGGGGGCAUUGCGCACGCGCCUCGUGACGUCACAUGGUCGAACGCUCGCCGCGGCGUUCGCGAACACGGCGCUUGUACCGCCGGCGAACGAGCCGUGCGGACAGGGCAGGGGAUGGAUACAGGUAGUGGACAGCUACACGGAUAACAACGGCACACAGUGGACGCUGUGCGCGAGCGGCCACGCAGCCACCAGCCCGCUCAUCAUCAACAGCUACCUGCACUCGCUGGCCGUCACACACCACGCGGGAGACGAGGGGGUUGACAUGGACGUCACGAUUAUUGUCAAUGCAGAUCCAGAAUACCACAACAAAGUGUUGUUACUACCCGAUGAAACGGUUUUGCAGUCGUGCUACCCCAACCCUUGUGAGCAUGGCGGACGAUGUGCGAUGGAAGAGGCAAGGAACGUAUGCCAAUGUCAAGGAUAUUACACCGGGGUCUUCUGCCUCGUAACAGCCUGCGAGCGCUCUCCAUGUUUAUACGGCAACUGUACUCUGUCCGAGGGCGGCGAGGGAUUCAGCUGCGCAUGCGCACGCGGGUGGCGCGGGCGGCGCUGUGCGGAGCGCGUGCGACCGUGUGCGUCACGACCGUGUAACAAUCGGGGAGCAUGCGUGGAGCGAGAUGCGACGUUUCUAUGCCAGUGCAACCCGUCUUGGAAGGGGAAGAGAUGUGAAAUUCCAAAUCCGACACCCAACAUCGUGGGGCUAGGGACAAGGAUGAUGCAAGAGCCCUUCUGGUUGGGUCUGUUCGCUGUGUUCGUCGUGUUGGGUAUGAUUGGCCUAGUGUGGUGUGCUAAAAGACACUUCCCGGAAAAAUUAGAGAAGCUACUCGCCGAAGAAGCCGACAGAUGUGCGAGGCCGGCGCGGCGCGGCGCGGAGGCGCGCACGCUCCUGACGCGGCUCGGUAUCCGCAAGCCGUCGGUGUCGGGGCUCGCCCCGAGAGCCGCGCGCACCUUUAGUUUGGACGAUCUGUUAAAGCCGCCGCCCGGACGAUCACCGUCCCCACGUAAGAAACGAAACAAUUCUACACCAACAAAGAAAAAUGCAGCGGAGAAGAAGCAGAUUUUACAGCAACUCAUAAGUCCAUCGCCAGCUAACGAUCACUCGAAAAAGAUAACUAUGGGUGAACUGAUACAAAUGUCAGAGAAGAAAACGCUUAGCACAGUAGAGAGCGCUCCAGCUUUUGUAGAGUACGGGUUAGAUACUAAAGACACGUCGUUUGCGAGUGAAGGAUCUUCGCCAUCAACGUCUCCUUCUAUGAGGCACAUAUCAGAUCCUAAAUUAGAAAAGAAAGUUACGUUCGCUAGAUUACUUAAUAAGGUUUCAGCUGAAAUGAGCUCUAGCUCUGAUGUAGACAUGGUCAAUACAAUUGCUAUACCGAUGGCAGUGAUCGCUAACCGGACAAUUAAAGCCAAAGCUUCCAGUACGCCUCCUUCACCGGGUGUCGAAAUUAGAUCGCCUCAUAGUACAUCGAGUAAUCAAGGCAGUGAUUCAAUGUCUAGUCUUGAUUUAACAUUAGCGAAUGCUGCUUUGAAAAAGUAUUCGCGAACACCAAAAAUAUCUAGCGCGGAUUCCAUAUUAGCAAUGUUCCGCAACUUCUCAUCGUCUGCUGCAUUGACUUCACGCGCAUCAUCAGGAGGCAUAUCAGCAUCAAGCACUCCAACAGCCUCGUCACCUCAAGAUGAUACUAAUGACGCGGAUGACGUAUCAAUAGCAUCAUCACACAUUCCUUCUUUAGCGCCAGAUUCACCUAUCGCCAGGCCACAUAAUACUAUUGAGAUACAGGUUGUGGACCCAUUAAAUACUCACAAAGGAUCUUCGUCCUCUGGAAACUUACUACAUCCUCCAUCGAUACUGCUCGAGGUACCGAGUUCUAUUAACAAAUGCCUUUCUCCUAUACGUGAGCUUCCAACGCCACUGCCAACUCCACUGCCUACACCUCUGCCUACUCCGCUCCCAUCACCAAGAAUGCCCCGAGCAAGGAUAGACGAUAUCAAAAGUGAAUCUACAACGACCUGCGUAUCGCCAAGUGAAGACGAGUUAGAAGACAUCAAGGAUAGAAAUAACCGAGGAUUAAAGUUGAAGUUCCGACAACCAGCUUCGUAUUCAGAUACACCGACGCCAUCAACACAUAUAACUGACUCGCCUAGCCCGAGCUUUACGCAUAGUCAAGAUUCAGAAAGAGAGCUAUCUUCUCCUUCAAUGGCAACCCCGUCUCUUAGAGUUCCGGUUCUCACUAUAGAGAGGCCGUCACCUGGUUCUCCACCGCCAAGAAGAACACCUCCACAAUUAGACUUCCAACCGCCUCCAUUGAUUACUGUCACCUACAACGCGAGUGAAGAGUCCGACGAGCCACUUUCUCCGAGGCCACCUCCACCAUCCGGAAAUAUGUGCUAUCUUAGCCCAUUCUCGAUGUCCGCUAGAGGAGAAAGAGCACCGUCCGAAUCUAAUUUAUCCUCAUCAGGAUACAGUUCCAUGGCGAGUCCUGGACCCUCCCGAUGUGGCUCUAGUAAUCCUCUAUGCCCAUCUGAAAUGGAGGACCCCGGAUCAGGCGGUGGUCCGUCUUGUUUUCAAUCUCGACGGAGACAGCUCAUGAAAACUAAUUCGAGUCCAACGACCUCCAACGACGGUGGCACUGAGAGACGAAGAGGUCGAUCCGAUUCAGAAACACUAUCCGACGAUCCUCUUUUAGAAUCCAACGACGAGGGUAUUGGAACGGAUGAGAGAGUAGACGAUGUACCGGGAAGUGCAAAAGAGAUGGAAACGUUAGGUAUUUUGAAGGAAGUAUUGGAAAUUCCACAAACAAGCGUGUGCUCCCCGAUAGGUGUUACAAAAUGUUCGAUAGUGAAAUGUAUAAGCGUCGAACGUGGGUUGGAUGAAAAAGCGAGUCUGAAACCGCCCAUACUGUUUUCCGAUGGUAGUCGUCCGCUCAGUCCCGUCAGCUCGCGAAGUGAAAGUCCAUUGAGUGACAAGACUGGCCUGGGCCGGUUCUCUCCCCAGUUCUACGGAAGACAGCUACCGUUUACGGAUUCCGAUGGCCUUUACGACUUUCCAAGUUCAGACUGUUUGAAAGCAGGAACUAGUAGAGUCAGCAGCAAUUCGCACAGAAAAGCAGGGAGGAGAAGAGAUAGAAGAACUUCUAGGACGACGUCGCAAGAAGUGACCGGAACUGCCAAGUCUACGUUACCGCAUAUGCCUCAUUCGAUGCACAACUUAUUAGAAGUACCAAAUUGCAACCGAGGUCGUAAAGUUGGCAGACGUAGAUCUCGUUCGCAAGCCCCGGCCUUCGCUACGUCGUCAUCAUCAGAGGAAUCUGUCUCCAACGCAUCGGUGGCCUCAGUAGCAUCUGCAAGAGAGUUGAGGCUUCCGGAUUUGGAAAUGCAGUCAGAGCCAGCACGCCAUAGGAAACGAUUAAGGAGGCAAAAGUGCAGAAGUUCUGAUGUUUUUGACACAUCAUCGAAAAUCUCAUCUAGCCUAGAUCUUACGGAAGAUUCGAGAAAACCUACAAAAGUAAGCAAAUUGAGAACAAUCAGCAAUCAAAUAAGAUUCCUUCGUCGUUUGGAGAGGAGUCUGAAGAUGAAGGAGAGUUACCCGGCGGUGUCAGACGACGAGGGCGACGAGUCGUCCAGUGUCACGUCACCACUACUACAAGGUAGAAAGGAUCUAAAUAGGAUGACGACCCAUGCGACUUCAGCGCCGCUGCUGGGCCAACGACCGAAAAUCACGCGACAGAGGCGAUACGACAGAUCGCUACACAGCGACGAAACUAGGACGUUGAACGCCGCACCCGGACAGGACAACUCCGAUUGAUACAGUGUUUAAUCGUUGAGGAUCGGAUCCGACCAAAAAAAUGGCACUUGAAAAUGUACGGUUAGUGUUGGCUUGGAAGCGUAUGAUUUGAUCCGAUAUGACGAUUGAUAUGCCAAAGGCGGAAAUUUAAAUGUAUAAAACAUUUUUAUACGAGCCUUUAUGUCUGAUAUCUGUAAUCGGAUCGGAUGAUGUUAAAAGGCGCGAACGAAUAAAGCAAGAAAUGUCAGAUUGUCAGUUUGACAGAGAUUAGCUGGUAUGCUCUGCAAUGCUAGAGAUGUGCCUCCUUUUCUGCCGGGCACCGACCCCAUAGUAUAGCGCAAACGGCCUGUUGCUGCAACUCAUUUCUUACCCUAUUGACAGCUGUCAUUUUAUAUUAUACAAGAUUCUAAUGUAAUGUGAUAUAUUGUAAUAUAAGAUAGAGAUGUUACGUAGUGAACAUUUUUUAAAUUCUAGUCCUAUACGUUCUCUUCCGUUACAUUUUGAUGUUCUAUUUUUAACGUCUCGUCAAAGUUAACGUGUAAAAUAUUUCUUAUAGCAAUAACUCGUUUUAUAGUAGGAAGUAGUACGAGUUGGGUUCAGUAGGCAGUAGCGCAUUGAUUUGUACCUAAUUUUUGCACUCCGCUCAUAUAAUUUCGACGUAACGUAAAAAAUAUAUUGUAUAAAAUGUUUUUGUAAAUAUUUUCAAAUGUAUUGCUCAAAUGCAUAUUUUGUGAAUCGUCUUUUGUGCACUAUUUGCUAUUUUGUAAAUACAAUUGUUUUAAUGUAUAUACCGAGAGGCAAUUUCUUUUCUUGCGAUUUGCUAACGACUUGUAAAUUUUAGCGUAAGUUCGAAUUUAAAGGCCCAAAACUGUAUACUCAUACUUCAUUUGUAUUUCAGUUCCAUUUCCCAGUACAUAAAUUAAGAUGUUAUUUAAAAAUGCACCGUAUAUAAUUGUUUAUGGACACAUAAAUAUACACAGAAGUUAAAAAACUAACUCUUGCUUCUCUGAUUAUGCCGUGGCCGCACAUGCGUCUAUCGUCACGAAGCUCUGUGUUUUGA